AUGGAUGGGUCUGUGUCUUUUAAACGGCGUGGAAACGACGAUUCAAAGAUAUGGAAUGCGGUUCGUCCCGAAGACGCGCCGGCGUCUAUUCCCCGUCGUGAAGCAAGGGUUGGCAGUGCCGUUGGCGGCGCGAAUAAAUUGGCACAGGCAGUAUCUGGAAUACGAUGGAGACAUUUGGGUGUUCUUCUGGUUAUUUGGUUGGUGACAAUCCAUUAUCUGGAGAGAACUGUGGUGAAUAGGGCGAUCUCCAAGUGUUCAUGGAAGAAGUGGGAGCGUUGGGAAAGUUCCAAAAGCCGAGGAGAUCAUGCAACUGGUCCAAUUGAUCCUUACCGAGUCGCGAUAGUUGGUGAUCCUCAAAUUGUGGAUGAGUAUUCUUACAAAACGCGGCCAAAACCACUGCUGCGGCUAACCCAGACACUCAGUGACAACUAUCUCCACCGCAAUUACAUGGCCGUGCACAGAAAGCUUUCUCCCCACUCGGUGAUGUUUUUGGGGGACCUUUUUGAUGGAGGAAGAGAGUGGGAUGACGAUGUUUGGCUCCGCGAAUACCUGCGGUUUGCAUCUGUAUUUCCUCCUCUGGAGCACACCAAGUCCAUCUUCUCCAUACCCGGUAAUCAUGACAUUGGCUUCGGCAACGACGUGAAUGCCACACGCCUGAAACGAUUCAGAACGAUGUUUGGGGAGGCUAACGAGUAUCAAAUAUUGGGAAACCACACGUUUGUGUUGAUCGAUAGUAUCUCUUUGUCUGCUACUGAUCUCCCAGAGGUGAACACAGAACCUACGAUCUUCCUAGAAAGCUUGGUCAACGACAAAAAAAUGAAGGAGUAUCCUCGGAUUCUGCUAUCGCAUGUUCCGUUGUAUCGGUUCACAGAUCGCCAGCAUUGUGGCCCUCUAAGAGAGUCGAAAAAACGGUUUCCUGUGAUGAAGGGCAAGCAGUACCAGACUGUUCUUGAAUACGAACUUUCCCAGCGACUCCUUGAAAUUGUCAGGCCGAAGCUGAUUUUUUCAGGUGACGACCAUGAUUACUGCCAUGUGCGGCAUCCUUUCGACCAAGCGUACGGCGAAGGCUCUAUCUCAGGUGGAGGUGCUGGUAAUUCAUAUGCGGAUGAAAUAACCAUUAAAACUUUCGCCAUGACGGGUGGAAUCAAAUAUCCUGCGAUCCAGCUGCUUUCCUUGUGGAACCCAAGAGAUGGUUCCGAGCCUGAUACGGACAUCCAGGAAACAGGUGAGGUGGUUGUGACGGAUUCGACGUUUCGAACGCGACUCUGCUACAUGCCGGACCCGUACCAUGCACUGCGCAUCUACGCCGCAUUAAUGGUGUUUUCCAUUUCAUCGCUGUUCUUAGUGUGUGUGACGCCUCGGUUAUGCAGAAAGAUUCACGUUUUACUAUUCAAAGAUGCGGCCAGGAGGUCUUCAAUACUACCUACGAUAGCGGAAUCGGACGCAUGGGCAGUCAAGCCCACCAGGCCGGCGACUUGGAAAGACUGCAAGAUACCAGAGAGGCCCAAUGCAGGUGUAUUUUUCCUGUGCCUUCUGCUUCUUUUUACCGAGGUCUGGAUUGUUUUCUGGGUGUAUUUUUCGAGAGCAUAA